AUGGGGAAGGAGGAGCGGAGGGAAAUCUCCAGGCGGAGGGAGGGCACCGUCCCGGCUCCAGGCCCCUCGGGCUCUCCUUCACCUCCGCUGCCAACCGCAGAGAAACGACAACUCCCGCCGGGGCGAGAAGCGAUGCCCAGCGGGGCGAGGGCACCGAGCGGGGUCCAGGGCGCGGCGCCUCCCUCCCCCAUCCUCAGGGACUGUCCGCCGGAGCCUCCUCCGCUCACGCACGGAGCCCAGACCCCGGGCCCCCGGCGGAGGCCGGCGGCGGCUCGCCCGCGGCCCCUGUCACCCCGGCGAUGCCACCAGACCCCAGCCCGGUCCCCUCGCCCCGGCCCCCGCCGCACGUCCCCUCCCGGCCCCUCCUCACACCUCUCAUCCCGCUGUCGGGCUGAGUCUAGCCCCGUACCCGCCUCAGCGCCGCUCCUCCGUCGCCGCCACAGCAGCAGCCGCCGCCGCCGCCACCGAGUCCUCCAUCCCCGCCGGAGCCACAUGGAACAGCCGAGCCAGCCGUGGCGCUCGAGGGAGCCCGGGUCUGCGGCCCCUCGGGCGGACGGCGCGCCUCACGCCCGCCCCCUCCCGGACGGAGUCGCCCCGCGGCCGUCCCCCACCCGACAAAACCCUGCCGGAGCCGCCGCUCAGCGCCCAGCACCCCCUCCCCCGCCUUCCUCCGCCGCCGCCACCAUCAUUACCUCCCCCGCCGCACCUCUCACACUAACCCUACCCACAGCGGCUCAACCGCCGUCCGCUCCGCCGCCGUUGGCCAGCCCCGCGCAGGCCCCGCCCACCUCGGCGGCGAGCCUUUGA